CUUCGCUGGAGCCCGGCAGCGCGUCCUGUCCCUCUGCCUCCCCAUCCACAGCCCGGGUUCAUGUCGGCCAAGUCUCCGGUCAGCUUGCUGCUAAUAUUCGGCGCCGCCACCGUCUACCUGUACGUGCUGUCCAGGAAUCUGCCGCAUGCAUCGUACGGGCGGGAGCCAGUGAGCGAGGAAGCGAGCCAGGAGCAGAGGUCAUUGACGUUUCCAUCUGAUCUUGAAGAGUUGCGAGCAAUUGCUGGAUUGCUGCAUUCGUACAAAGCUCAGCACACGGGUUAUGUAUUAUUGCUCUUCUGCAGUGCGUACCUCUACAAACAGACAUUUGCAAUCCCUGGCUCCUCUUUCCUGAAUAUAUUAGCAGGUGCACUAUUUGGACCAUGGCUGGGCCUCGCUUUGUGUUGUGUUCUAACAGCCAUUGGAGCAACUUUCUGCUUCCUGCUCUCCAGGGCAUACGGUAAACAGUUUGUGGUACGCCGAUUUCCUGAGAGACUCGCAGUACUGCAGCAAAAGGUGCAAGAGAAUAGGAACAGUCUGUUUUUCUUCCUCUUGUUUCUCAGGUUUUUCCCCAUGACUCCAAACUGGUUCCUCAACAUCACAUCUCCUAUCCUCAAUGUUCCCCUCACCCACUUCUUCUUCUCCAUCGUUGUUGGUCUUCUUCCUUAUAACUUCAUAUGUGUGCAAACUGGCUGCAUCUUGUCUGAGAUCUCUUCGCUGGAUAACCUGUUCUCAUGGUCCAUUCUCAUGAAACUGCUGGCCAUUGCCAUGGUGGCACUUGUGCCUGGUGCUGUCAUCAAACACUGCAGCCACCACCAGCUGGCUGAAAAGGUCAAAAAUGGCCAUUUAGACAACAGUCGAAAAACUCGGUGACUGAUGCUAAUCCUUCUGUGACUUACAAUUUUAUUAUGCUGAAUCCAACACUUGUAUUUGUGGCAGGGUCUUCAGACGUGUCAAGAGAUAUUUGGACAAGUUAGGAUUGCUGUACAAUUAUGUUUGCAAGCUCUCUGCAUCCAUUGUUUUGGCUCUCUGUUUAUUUCAAUAGUUUAACUGAAUUUAUUUGUCAUGGUUGCAUUUUUUUUCCCAGAACUCCUUACGACGUAGAAGGAGGCCAUUCAACCCAAGUCAAUGCCAGCUCACAGGCAAUCCCAUUCUCCCACUAAUUUUUUCUGUAAUCUGUUGUAAGGACCAGCAUUUUUUAGGAGGGAAUAGUGGUUCCACAGCUUUCUUCUUGGUUGACAGGAGAAAGAGAUGCCUGCUCCAUUAAAUACAUAUAUAUAACUUUUAUAUAAUUUUAUUGUACUUUUACCUAUCCUUUUACAUCUUCUGCGUAUCAUUGGGUCUUUUGCACUUUAAAAUGCAUCUUUCUUUGCAAUUGUCAUUUCAAGUGUGGCAGCUUUGUUGGGUAACUCUUUCAGUGGACAAAUGGCCCCCUGUUCCAUAAAAUCAGUUGGUUUUACUGCCCUGGAUGAUUAGACUCCUGCAAUGGGACUUUAUCCCAUAGUCUUCUGACACUGGCAAAAGACUGCCUGAGCCAAGCUAUGACCAGCUCGUUUCAAGGUCAUGUGACUUACCUUGCAGUCAGCUCCCUCCUUUUUACAGAUAAAAAUAGAAUUAGCUGUUAAUUGUGGAAGUGCAGUGACCCCUUUGUCCUGUGUUGAGUGGCAGUCAAUUGUAGGUUGGUUUCAGUUGUGCACGGAGGAUAUCAUCAAUAGUGGUGCAGCACUUGUAUCAGAGAGCUGUAGCUAGAAUUUGUUCCCAUGAUGUUCACCUUUGCAUUCAAAUAUUAAAAUUCUUGAAGCUUUGAAGACAUGCUUUAUUUAAUAUAGUCUCUUUCAUUCAAUGUUUUGUCUGCAAAUAUAGCAGCAUUCACAUUGUGUUUUAGUGAGAUUGGUUAGGGGCAAAUGUUGUCUAGAGCACCCUGUGAAUUGUACUGUGAAUUUAUUGAAUGUGCUGCAUUUCAUCUGAAGGAUGGUAUUUGCAGUGUGGAAAUGCCCUCAGUACUGCAUCAGAAUAAGAGUUACAAUUGCUGCAUGAUAGUCGAAAUUUUAUAUUGAUUUUUUUUAUAAGCUCGUGUCAUCUGGAGCACGUUGCUAAAGGUAUGAAUGGCUUAGUGGUUGGCACUGGGACCUGCCAACUAUUCCUUGUUGGGAAUAUGCUUUGGCCCCAGUUUUACCUUGGUCUCGUGUUGCCCCAGUGAAAGAAAGUGAUUGGAUCAUUGCUUAAUAUUUGAAAUUUAAUUGUGAAAUGUGAGUAUACCAAAGGGAUUGGUUCUGUCAGCUGAGAGUAAGCUGCAUGUACUCCCCAGUACAUGUACGUUAGAGAAGAUCAGUAAUCUUUGAUUCCUAAUGCAAGUGUUUUAAUGUGAAGUAAGUUAGUUGUCUGAAGUUUAAUCAUUUGCAUGUAAAGACUAUACAUAUUGUUUUGCAUAAAGUAGGAUUCCAGGUUAGAAUCAGCAGUCUAACUGUGGAUGAUCUCUAAAAUAGAACAAAGUGUGUUCCACUCAGCUGCCCUUCCCUGCAGCAUCACUAUAUUCACUUCAGCUUAGCACUUGCAAGUCCUGUUGCACAAUUUGAAAACGCUGAGGCAAUAAGUUAUAAGCCUUUUAAUGUGUAAGUUUGUUAUGGAAAUGUCAUUAAAUGUUUGAGUGUGCAAACACCCUGACUACAAGCUUGUUCGAUCAAACCUUGAAGGUUAAAGAGCGGCUGUGUGUGUGUGUGUGUGUGUGUAAGGGCAUGCCUGUGCAGCUCCCUCCUGGCAUGGAACAUUGGAAUCACAACCAGGCAAAGUAACCAAGGUGCUGCUAACAGCAAAUCAAGUAAGGCUACAAAUUUCAGGUUGUAGCUGCAAUAUAACUCAUAUCAUUGUGCCUGAGGGUAAGGAGUUGUGAUUAAUACACCAUAUUGAGGUGUAAGUGGAUUUUAAUAUAUUUUUUAAUGGACUUCUCUCAGAUUUGUAAUCAUUUUUGCUGUUGUCAAGUUUUUAUAAACGAAGAGUCAGCAUUGCUUUAUAUAUUGUGAAUAGUAUUUUCUGUGAAGAUUGUAGAUGUACCUCACUAUCUCCAUAAAACUUUGCCUUUAUCAAAGGAGUGUUUACAUUGCAUGUUUUAUUUCAGUGAUUGCACUUAAUUUUCUCCACUGUAAGUGGAAUGGAUGUGAUUUAAAUUUCAUACGUGACUUGUUUAAACAAGUGUGGCAUACUUUGAAAUAAUAAAAUAUUUAAAUAUUCACCUGUUUCUUGUUUCUCAAGUGUAAAUUGAUCAUGAGGUUUGUAAUUGGCUAGAAUUGCAUGGUGAGCC